CGGUGGCAAUACAUUACGCACCUAAAGCCCAAAGAUCUUUCUUUCCUUUUUCGUCUUUUAAUAUUAAAGAACAUCUCUUUGCAGUUUGCACCCAUUUUCAGAAUUUCAGUGCUGGAUCAACGCUCUUCAGGUUCAAGUGGGAGUGUGUGCCAAUGGCCAAGACUUCAAGACUCACGCCAACAACUGUGUAUCUCUACAUUCCCAACAUCAUUGGGUACAUGAGAAUUUUAAUGAACUGCUGUGCUUUUGCAAUAUGCUUCAAGGACAAAAUGCUUUUCUCGAUUUUAUAUUUUAUUAGCUUUGUUUGUGAUGCUUUGGAUGGUUGGUUUGCCCGCAAAUUCAAUCAAGUUUCAACAUUUGGAGCUGUUUUGGACAUGGUAACAGAUAGGAUCAGCACUGCUUGUCUCCUCGUGAUUCUUUCCCAAGUUUAUAGGCCUGGCUUGAUUUUCUUGUCUUUGCUCGCCCUAGAUAUUGGCAGCCACUGGUUGCAAAUGUAUAGCUCCUUCUUGGCUGGCAAAACUAGUCAUAAAGACGUGAAGGAUAGCAGUAGUUGGCUAUUCAGGACUUAUUACGGAAAUCGCAAAUUUAUGGCUUAUUGUUGUGUAUCCUGUGAGGUUCUUUACAUUCUCUUAUUCCUUCUGGCGGAGAACCAGACCGAGAAUUUGACUGAUGUUCUUAUCAAUUCUGCGACAAAAAGUUGGCUCUACUUUUCCCUGCUUUCCUUGCUUCUCUUUGGUUGGGCAACUAAGCAAUUGGUCAAUUUUAUACAGAUGAAGACGGCUGCCGAUGCUUGUGUGCACUAUGACAUUGCAAGGAAGCGAUAGUGGUACCUGCAACGUGGUACUCUGACUGGUGCUUCAAUGGCCUUCUCGCGUUUCCUGUUGUUUGAACCGCAAAGCAAAGCACAUUCGAACCGCCUUUCUCUCCUUUGAUCAUUUGAUUAACAGCUACACUGCUGCAGCUGCAACUGGCAUCUUUGGAAUGACAUUUUGUGAUAUUUCUUUAACUCAUCUGAUUUUGCAUAUUUGGAACAUGUACAUUAACUAUUCUCAAAGGGAAUUUUGAUGUGUUUAUUGGAUUUGAAUCGUCAAUCCUUUGAGGUUAUGA